AAUAUGGGGCUCAAAGCCUCGGUCGGCGGCACUUUAUAGCCCCAGCAAGGCUCACGUGCUCUGCCUCCAGCCAUACCUUACCUAAGGUAUAGGUUGCAAUAUCAAGAAGAGGAGGUUUGGGCUAAAUCCAAAGUCAACUAGAAAUACGUAUACUGAAUAGUGCUAGUAGUACUGAAAUACUGAGGAAGAAAAGAGGACAUGGAAGCCCGCUAGAAGUUAGAGCUAAGAACGUGGCCACUACGGAUCGACCGUCUAUCGUGCACCGACAGUGGCCGACUUGGACUCCACACAAGCAGCAGCGACGGCGCGAACAGCUGCAGCCCGCUCUAAUCCCAGCAUCGUCAGUCGCUCAACUGCCCGUUCUCAACCUCGACUUCUGUCGAGCCUCUUUGUGUCCCAAUGCAUCGCACUGCCCUUCGCUCGUACCAUACGACUCGCCUGCACCUCUCAUCCACCGUUCGACGCACGCUGAGCCGCGCCUCGAGACAUCGCCAUCUCCCGGUCGCCCACGCCCAGCAUCGCGCGAUACACUUCACCUCGCAUAAACCACCCCGUCCCCUGUCGAGCACGACAGCAAAUGACUCGCUGAGAUCGUCCAUGUACUUUCGCCGCCUCCCCGUCGCCGUGGUCUCGAGCCUGGUGGUAGGUUAUGGUGCCUGGUACUCGUACAACGGAACGAGCCCCGCCAGCCCUGCUGCGAGCGUAGCCGCGAGAGGGUAUGCGACUACACCCGACUCUGGUGUCGAGCCGACAAGGACUGUCUUGGUUGUCGGAGCCGACGAGCUGAGGCAGGGGACCAUUGUGGGCGAAGGACCGAUAUCGAAGGAGACGAGCAGCGACGGCAGGAAAAUUGUCGAGAUGCUCACUCCGGAGCAGGCCACGCAGAAGCUGAGGAAGAUGGAGCAGUCCUAUUCUGUGGGACGUGGCCAGGGCGUCACGCGAUACGACUUGGUGCAGCUGCCCAGCAACGAUCCCAUCGAGGAUGACCACGCGGAGAAGAUUGUGCAGGUGCCCAGUCGGUCAAAGGAUGCCGUUGGCGACGACAGCGACUGGAUGUUUUGGGGCGUUUUUGACGGCCACUCGGGCUGGACCACAUCAGCUACCCUCCGUGAGAGCCUGAUUAACUACGUGGCCACGGAGCUCAACGAGACGUACAAGGCCGCUGCUGCGACUUUGCCGAGCGAGGACGCCAUCGACCUAGCCAUCAAGACCGGGUUCACUCGCCUGGACGACGAAAUUGUUCACAAGAGCGUUGAGAAGGUCUUCAAAUCAAGCAAUAAGAACGUUGCUGCUGAGCUUCUCCAGCCGGCUCUCUCUGGCUCCUGCGCCCUUCUCUCCUUCUACGACAGCAAGACCAACAUGCUGCGCGUUGCGUGCACGGGCGACUCGCGUGCUGUGCUCGGACGGCUCUCGGACACGGGCAAGUGGACAGCCACUGCGCUCUCUGAGGACCAGACGGGCAGCAACCCCAACGAAGCUGCACGCAUGCGCAAGGAGCACCCUGGCGAGGACCGAGUCGUGCAUAAUGGUCGCGUACUCGGUGGGCUUGAGCCCACGCGUGCUUUUGGAGAUGCUGUGUACAAAUGGAGCCGCGACACCGCCAUGAACCUGCGUUCCAAGUUCUUUGGGCGCACCCCGUCGCCGCUGCUCAAGACCCCGCCCUACGUCACGGCCGAGCCUGUGAUCACCAAAACCAAGGUGAGCCCGGAAAAGGGCGACUUUUUGGUUCUCGCGACAGACGGGCUGUGGGAGAUGCUCACCAACGAAGAAGUCGUCGGGCUCGUGGGCCAGUGGAUCCAGAGCCAGGCAGCUGGCCAGGACUCUCAUUUCGAGGCGACGUGGUCCAAGAUCUUUGGGUCGUCCAAGCACCCCCUGCCGGUAGAGAAGGGCAAGGCGGAUGGGCCUGAUGGGCAGAAGACCCCGAUCCGCGUUCAGCAAUGGGGCAUUGAUCCCCAAGCCAAGGACCGGUUCUCGGUGAAGGACAAGAACGUCGCCACUCACCUGGUUCGCAAUGCUCUCGGGGGGUCUAACGACGAGCAAGUGUGCGCCUUGCUCACCCUGCCUGCCCCCUUCUCCAGACGCUAUCGGGACGACUUGACCGUUCAGGUCAUCUUCUUUGGCAACGCCGAGAAGACAGGCGAGGUCAUGAUCAACACAGAGGCAACUGCUCCUGAUGCGACCCUCAAGGCCAAGUUAUAGCCUGCGUGGAGAGCAUUGGGUUGUGAUUUUUGGGCGUUCAGAGAUGCAUCGAUACCAGAUUAUGUUUGAGUAGACAACAGGCCGAAUUGAAGCUUAGACGAUAUUGAUUGCUAGCAAUGUCUCUCUUCAAUGGAGUUUCGUAGACAAAUCCGAGGCU